AUGAAAUUAUCACCAGCGGUUACCCCUCGUACCAGCCUGCGUUUCGUGGCCGUGUCAGUGAUGUUCUGUGCUAUUCUGGUUGACAUUUUUGCACUUGAAGAAAAACUGGCGCGAAAACCGCGAGAAGAAGAUCGCGUAUCUGAAGGCACUGAAGUUGGUGGAAAACAGUCGCAGUUGUACCGUGAUCGAAGAAUGGUGAAAAAUAACGGGACCCCCAACCUGUCGGAAUUUGCAAACCGGCUGAAAGAUCUUGAAGAAAGGUAUAAUCUUAACUCGGCGAUUCGCUAUGAAUCUCGCUUUUCUAUCACGUGGGCAAUGUUAAAUGUUGGUUACGUGUCACUAUUCUAAAUUCAAACUGCUAAGAAAAUGGUGAAUUUACUAAUAUCAUUUCUCUUUUUAAGCCACAACAAGAGCGUACAUUUGAUGAUCAGACGAUUUCAAGAGUUGGAGAAAAGGUUUGAGAAAUAAAAUGAAAUGCAUCAUUACCGUGUAAUUGCUUUUUAAAAGCUAACAAGUACUUCCGAAAUUGUUACCCCUAAGGAUUGCAUAGGAAACCCGUUCGAUUUCUUGUCUAGCGAAGAAUGUUAUUUCACCCAUUUCCAACUUGAUGUAGAAAAGGGGAAAUACCGAGAAAGCCCCUGUUAUCCAGGCCGGACACGUAUUAUAUAUGGACGGCACUGGUGGAUGUGCAGUGGAAGACUUGUGUGGGAACUGAGUUUCAUCCAAAAUCCGCUUAACAUCGUUAAGUGUAGUGACCAGAGUUAUUGUUGAUUGUCUUUUAUCUUUUAGCUAUAAACUGACUUGGUUACAGACUUAAUUCACAUCAUCGACGCAAUUAUUUCCUAGAGCAAAAGAAGCUUAAUAAACAGCUGUAAAAAGCAAUCAAUAAAAGAAAACACCGUUUAACACAGGGGCACUCAACGACUGUUUUCUGUAAAAUAUCUGUUCGGAGAAGCAGAUAUUGCCUCAAAUUUUCUAUUUCUCGAGGACGGCUAAAAAUUUCUAGAUAACCAUUUCACACAUGUACAAUUUUCGAAGCUUAUCUCAUUAAUUCCCUACGAUUUUUCUAAGGUUUAACUUUUCACAUUUCACUCCCCAGGUUAGGCUAUUUUUCGUAGAAAAAAAGAAACCUAAAAUUUUUGGAUUCAAAAAUGAGAUGGAGAGCCUUAGAGGAAUCAGAAAAAUUAUCACUUUCGUAAUACGUUUAACUGCAUCCACAAUUUUCAGGAAAGUAAUACAUAACUGAGCCCAUGUAAUUUCGGAAACUCUCAAGUUGCCCUAGAAUGACCGAACAGAUACAAACUUUAUCGCCGCUUAAAACGCAUUCCUAGAGAUUUAAAAGCCCUCUGGAUAGCCUAAAAAGUGUUUUCAGUGCAUUUAGGAGGAAACCGUCGUUGAGUGCCCCUGUUAACAGAUUUCUUACAGUUAAAAUAUAUCAAGCCUAAUUAAGCCUCAACUGGUUGGGGUUUAAGGCUAUUUUCACACUAUACUGGAAAGCAUUUCGUGUCGACACGAAAAGCUGUUGGGUUUAUAUGGUAUCAACAGCAACGGCACAGAACUGGAACGUUCACACACGCAUCGAAGCGGUUGACCGAGAGGGUUUGGUUAACUAAAUCCCAGUCUUCACUUCUCACCCCCUAAAUGUUUCCUUCCGUCUCAGUAGAUUCCAGCCCUCGCUCCUACAUUUUUACUCCCGCAAGGGUUCACUGCACAAAGUGUGGAACAAGGAGGCACAUGACCUAUCUGAUAUGUUACAGUCCAUUUUAAUGUUCGGUGCAGCGCAGUCUCGCUCCGUUACAGUGAGCGGAAAUGAAAUGUGUGAACAGAGGCCCUAUCCGGUGUACUGUGAACAUGGCUUAAGUGACAGCGAAAGUCCUUGUUUAAAACACUGUCUCUGAGAUUUUUUAUGGUUGAUCUUUUUUUCAGACUUGAUGGCUUACUGCGAUUAUCGCCUCGGCCAGCAGGGGAAUCCUACGGGUCACUUUUGAGCUACCUUCUUGGUAAAAUACGAUAUGAAAUCCAAUCAAAGUUACCUAACAGCCUAAGGCAACUAGCGGAUUUCAUCAAUAUAAGCAAAAUGAUGUCAGGUCCAUUUGGCUGGUUAAUGUGCUGUGAUUUAUGGGUGAUAUCACCGAUGUGUUUCUAUUUCAGGUCAGCAUAUGCAAAACCCUGGAAAGGGGCGAGUUGGACCACCCGGCCCUCCAGGGAAACAAGGGCCAGCUGGACCAAAAGGAUCAAAAGGUGAAAAGGGAAAACGACAAAGAUCGAGGAUAUCAAGGGAAAAAUGACAAUUGUACAACACCAACUGUGAACGCAGUGGAGAGAGCAAAUGAAACUCGUUUUGUAAUUUCAGUUUUUAUGUUCCAGCAAUUAGAAGUUAGCCGGCAGUAAAGAAGAAGUGCGGUUAUCGAUGUUAAAUUGGCAUCUCAGUUAUUUUCUGAGAAAGUAUUUCUUUUGCGGUUCUUGCAGUUUAUGGUCAUGGAGUGUAUCAAUUGCAAGCCAGCCAAUUUUCAACCGCUACACGCAUGAAAGCAAAUGUGUAUUGUAAGAAGUCCAUAGGAAAAAAAGGCAUUUUUAUGGAUCCCACUUUUGAACACUAAAAUAAGUAAAAAAGCUGGGAUCGAGCGCUUUGACUCAUUUUAUACUCUGCAGGGGAACAAGGAAAACCAGGUACCAACAAGCCAUUCCCAGGUCCCCCUGGUCCAAAAGGAGACCAGGGAGCAGUUGGGAAGACUGGAGCGCAGGGAUCACAGGGUGCCAAAGGAGAAAAAGGACAGGAUGGAGCUGGGACAUCAGGAGUGAAGUACGUUCGCUGGGGAAGGACCACAUGUCCUAGUGGUGCGCAGAUAGUUUAUAAAGGUAAGAGAAAAGGAGCUGACAUGAUAGUUACUAUUACUCCUAUGGUCCUAAAGACAGAAAGAGUGAUAACCUGAAGAUUUUUAUGCCACAUACACUUACUAAUCAUUAUUUAAAAGUAACAACUAUGAAAUUUCUCCAAGCUUGUCACAUUUACUGGUCAAUAAUCCGGGCAUCUCUUUAAUUUAUCUUUUUGUUGCAUCUUUCCAGCAUAUUUUAAACCUUUCAGUGUAACUGGUUCGUACCUGUUCAUGCAUAAAACAGACGGAAAUCUGAGUAUGAGAUAAAGACCCUUGUUUUUCCUAACAAUGCGCGCUCUCACGGCAUUGGUUACGUUGAGGUCACAUGAAAAUGUAUCUCGCAAAAAGUUUUUUUACAGGCAAUAUUGCAAACUCAAUGUCAUCGAUCAGACCCCUGAACAGUGAAUUAUCACCCAAGAAGCAUAAAUGAUUGCCGCUUGCUGAAAUGUAGUUUCAUAAAUUUGUACAAGUAGGCUUUUUUAUGUUUUAGAGAUCAAUAGAAAUAGUCAAGGAAAUGGCAAAAGAAAUAAGGAUAGUGUAAUUCUAGAGUAUUGUAUUAAAUUUUUGCCUCAAAAUGUUACAGCCAUUUGUGGUCUGUGGUCUUGGCGUUUUAAGCAAUCCGAUUAGUUCGCUAUCUUAGAUUAUCCAGCAAUAUUCACCUCCUAGCGAUAUUGCGUGAGCUAGAUGUUUUGCCGUUUUAUGAGUAAGAACUAGUUAACAGAAUCCUAAGGUUGAUGUUUUUGAAGGUAAGAAAAGAUUUCAAACUAUUUUAAUUGCGUUUUCCGAUUUACAUUUAUAGGAGAACGUUUUUCGUUUGCAACAAAAGUUUACGCGAGUAGAAGAUGCCAUUUUGUUAACUCAGCAUUUCCUUACAAGAGGAAUUCAGUUUCCUAGAAAUCAAAGUUAAUCUAUGCCGAAAGAAGAUGAAGCCAUGAUCAUUUCAAAUAACCAGGACAACUAGAGAAAAGACGCCUUGCCUCUCUCAACCGCUAGCCGCCAUUUCAUGCACUUGCGAAGAGCGGAACAGAAAACAUUUUAAUUAACUUAGAGAGUUGACAGAAUUUCAAAGAACAGUUGUUGAUAAUUUUUUUGCCUUGCAUCAGGUAUAAUGGGUGGAGAGCAUUACACUCACCAUGGUGGUGGAGUGAACUACCUCUGCCUUCCACACAAUCCAAAGUAUGACAAGUACACAAAUGGACAUCAGCUCUCCGGAUACGUGUACGGCACUGAAUAUGAAGUGCAUCAGUACAACGGGUACCCUUUUAAGAGAAAUCUUCACGAUCAUGAAGCACCAUGCGUUGUCUGCUUCGUCAAGUCACGUGGCUCGAUGCUGAUGAUGCCUGCCAGGAAUGACUGUCCAUCUGGAUGGACCGAGGAGUAUCAUGGGUACCUGAUGACAGAACAUUAUAACCACAAGCAUUCACGUGAUUUCAUCUGUGUUGACGAGGAUCCGGAGUAUGUUUCUGGUAGCAGUGCAAGCAAGAAUGGUGCAUUGCUGUACCCUGUAGAAGGUGUUUGUGGCUCACUCCCAUGUCUUCCUUAUGUCAGCGGUCGAGAGUUGACAUGCGCUGUGUGCACCAAGUGA